AUGGCAUCGAGCCCUAAACAAGAUGAGAUCGAGCAGGCAGCACCCCGUGCUGACAACGCCGAGUAUGACAAUGAUCUCAAGCACGAGCCUGUCCUUUUGAAGUCUGGCUACGACAAGCUCGGCUACAUAGCCACGGUCAAACGUUUCUGGAAGGCAGGCCGAGCAGCUGCUCUUGUGUGCAAUCUGAUCUCGAUCGCUGCCGCCGCCGAUGGCUACCAGUACACAUUGAACGGAAACAUCAUCGCCAACAAAGGUUUCGUUAAUCAUGUCGGCUUCCUGAAUGCCAAGGGCACCGGCUAUGUGCUGAAUGCCAACUACACAGCCUUGUGGGGUGCGAUGCAAUCUCUGGGCCAGUUGCUCGGCAUGAUCUUUCUCACUCCCGUCUCGGAUGUCAUCGGCCGCAAAAUGACUAUGUAUAUCCUCUGGGUCGUCCUCGCAGGUUCUCUUAUUCUCGAGACAGUUGUCCGUGACUGGAAGGACUGGACUGGAGCCAAGAUCCUGGCAGGCAUUGGCAUCGGCGCCCUGCAGUCGACCUUGCCGAUAUACAUUGCGGAAUGGUCUCCCGUCAACAUCCGCGGCGCAAUGAACUUGACGUACGGCGUCUGGAACACCUUUGGCAAGUUCCUCGCGCCGCUCAUCUUGCUCAUCUGUGAGAAGAUCGACCCCAAGGAGUACAAGGUUCCCAUCUUGACGCAGUGGGCAUUCCUCGGUUUAAUGUUACCCAUAUUCAUCUGGCUCCCCGAGACCGCGCAGUACUACGCCGAGCGGGACCAGGACGAAGAAGGGAAGGAGACGCUGCGGCGCAUCAACGGGAACGUUCCCGGGUAUGAUGUCGAGAUCGAGUACGCCAUCAUCAAGAACGGUAUCCUCGAGCAGCGGAGGAGGAAGAACGAGCUCGAAGGUUACAAUCUCAGUUGGAGGGAGCUGCUGUGGUCCUACGUGGAAUGCUUCAGGGGUAACAACUUCAAGCGAACGCUAGGCUCGGCUCUGCCGGCGUGCGCCCAGCAACUCACCGGCCUCUCUUUCCUCAAGACUUAUGCCUCUCUCUUCUUCCGUCAGGCGGGUUUCUCUGAUCCGUUUCUCAUCACGACCGUGAUUACCGUAAUUGCCCUGGUCACAUCCAUUGCCCUCAUGCUGUGGACCGACCGCUUUGGUCGACGCAUGAUUGUCUUUGUCUCCUCCGUCAUCUGCACUAUCUGCAUGCUCGUAGUCGCAGUCAUUGGUCUCUUCCCCUCGACAACCCCGCUCAAGAACUUUUGCAUCUUCGUCGGCUGCCUGUGGUCCCUGUUCAACGCCGCUCUCGGCUCGCUCGGAUGGGCCUUUGUCGGCGAGAUCGCCACACAGAAGCUGCGCGCCCGCACGGCCGGCAUCGCCGCGGGGCUUUCCGUCCUCAUCGGCCUCACGUUCAACACCUCGGUGCCCAUCAUGUUGGACACCCAAGGAGCAAACCUGGGCUACAACACUGGGUGGAUCUACUUUGGGCUGGGCGUCGUCUGCACCGUGAUCGUGUGGUUUUAUGUGCCAGAGCCGUCCCGGCGCAAUGGGGCUGAGAUGGAUGAGAUGUAUGAGAAGGGAGUCCCAGCGUGGAAGAUGUCUAAGUACGUGACGACGAUACAGGAGGAGCAGGAGGCAGUCCUGAAUCAGGGCAAAGCCUAG